UAUGACCGAUGUGAAUGAGGUUGCUAGAUGAAGAGAGAUACUUUGUAAGAUGGUUAUAAAAUUCGGUGCAAAGAAUUGGCAUCUGAUUUCCCGAGAGAUCGCCGGUAGAUCAGGCCCAUCCUGCCGCUGCCGUUGGUACAACCAGCUCGAUCCCGCAGUGAACCGCAAAUCUUUCACUGGCACAAGCUGUACAUGGAAACAAAUGGGCAUCAAUUGCAAAGGCUGCUUCCAUGGAGAACCGAUAAUGCAGUAGAGAAUCAUUGGUAUUCUUCUCUGAUUCUAAGGAGUCUAGGAGAUGCCUCAAACGUGACAGCUUAAUGUUGGAGUCAGAAGAUGAUAAAUGGAAGGUAUCAUCUGAAGAAACCCUAUCUUGUGAAGAUGCCAACUUAUUGACCAAACAUGCAGAAGAAUUACCCGAACAAAAUACUACUACACACAUGGGUCAGUGUGAAACUGAAACAAAGAAACAGCCUAAUCUUUUCCGUCAAGUGGCACAUGUCUGUGUGUUUAAUGUUUACAAUGCAAUAGAUGGAUUGAAAACAGAAUUCCAGCUUCCAAAACCCAUUCAUCCACAAAGAGGAUUUUAUCAGGCCUCGAGACUAGAAGCUAACAUCUUCAAAUUUCUCGAAGAGGGGCUGAUUCCUAACCAUUGUAGUCAUGGGUGUUAUGUGUAUGAUGUUAGCACAAAACUAAAAUCAUCGAUACUGGGGCCAGAGUUCUUGGAUUUUACAGAGCCUUCGUCUUUCCCAAGCCAUGAAUUGGCUGCAAUUGCUACAGAUAUAAGUAGCAUUGCUUGGCAAAAGGGAGGUGUAGCGAACAACAACAUUGUCAAUGUUAGUGUAGUUUCUGCAGGAUCAAAGCCUUAAGCUGUGCUCCACUACAGAGGAUGGGAGCUAUAGGCCAGCAGUGAAUCAUGAAAGAAUUAUGUACUAGAGAAAGGGUGGCUAUGGUAUAUAAAGCAUUACUCAUAUCAGAUAGUCUGUAGGAUAUAGUAUGCUGGUGUAAUCUAUCUUCUAUCAAUUGAAUAUUGGGCCAUUAUCCUUUUCUUCCUCAUAUUAU